UUACUCUUGCGAAAUUCCAUGACUUAAAAGUGUUUGUGUAAGAUUAUAUUUUCCUUCCUUUUGACAGAAAACUCACCCUUUUGGGUACUUUUUUUUUCCCAUCAGUACAAAACAUUGUUAUUCUUGGCUUUCUGUAUCCGGACUUACCCGCAUCCAGUUUUGUGUUUGGAUGAGAUGAAAGUUAUGGUUUUAUAGUCAAAAGUGACGAAGUUUCGGAAUGGCAUCACUUAUACCGGGAGUACUGCUUAAACUUCUACAGAGUAUGAACUCCAACGUGAAGGUCAGAGGAGAAUAUAGAUCAGUGCUGCUACAAGUUAUCAGCAUUGUACCUGCUUUAAAUGGUUCGGAACUGUGGCCUAAUCAAGGUUUCUUCGUAAAAGUUUCAGAUUCUUCACACUCAACUUAUGUUUCAUUGUCCAGGCAAGAUAACGAGUUGAUCUUGAACAACAAGUUACAACUUGGCCAAUUCUUCUAUGUUGAUAAAAUGGAACCUGGAACUCCAGUUCCAAUUCUUGUCGGGAUUAGACCGGUUCCUGGACGACAGCCUUUCAUUGGAACUCCGAAGGAUCUUAUGCAAAUGAUGGAGCAAUCAGAGAAUCUAGUCCAAGCUUAUCAGGAAGGAAAAAGUGGAGCCAAACCAAAGGAGAUGUCAGAAGGAAAAAUAGAGAGCAUAAGACAUAAAGUCGUGAUCAAAGAGGAGAAGAUAAAUGUUUCGUCGCGGUAUAUGCAAGGUGUUUUGUCAUUGAGUUCUAGAAGUGGUAGAUUUGAUUCAAAUGCAGUUAGGAGGAGCAAUGAAAAUGAGGAUGGUGAAGGAGGUAAGAAGGUUGCAGUAGGAGCGGUAAAAGGAAAGUCCAACGACCUUAAAGGUCAGGUACAAGCAGCAAACCUGCAAAAUGGGCUUGAUGAGGUUUCCUCAAAGACAGAAGCCCUGCAGUUGAGUGUCAAGGAGGCCUCUGGAUCGUCCAGGAGCAUCCCUGCAAAAGGCACUUCAACUAAGCAAGAAAAUUUGAAUGUGAAUUGCUUACCAAACAGAAGAGAUAAAACUCAUUCAUCAGAGACGAUUUCAUGGGCCUCCUUGCCUACUAAUCUUUUAAAGACUGGAAAAGGGAUGGUUAGGAGGAGAAAUAUAGCUUCUAUGGUUGCAAUAGAGGCUCAAAAAGAGGCAAUUGCUGCAGCCUCCUUGAUCAAAUGUCUCAGUGUGUUUGCUGAUCUGUGCUCAUCAGCCUCACCUGAGAAUCCCCAACUCCCUCUCACCAAGUUUUUCACACUGCAGCAGCUAAUCUCCGAAACAAAUUCCAAGGAUGGAGUCAAGGACAAGUCACUUCUUUUGACUGCAAACUCAUCUCUGCCAGAAGCAAAUAAGUCUACAAAAGGCUCCUCUUUAUUCAUGUCAAAGAGUGCUUCAUCAAAGCCUGCAAAGGCACCUAUUGAAUUAAGAGAGAGCGAAAAACAAGAAUGGGCCAGAGGAGAUGGUGCAAAGGAGAUAACUUUACUAAGAGAUGUUUUGCUAAAGGAAUCAACAUCAUGGUUUUUGAAUUUCUUGGAGAAAGCAUUGGAUGCCGGGUUUCGUAUAGGAAACCAGGACAAGAAAGGCCGGAACAAUGCAGGACAACAAAUAGAGGUGGGUAACCAUAUUGCUGUUGCUUUAUCUCAGCUCAAGCAAGCCAAUGAAUGGUUGGACAGGUUAAAGGACAACUUGAAUUCAGGAGAUAAUGGCUUAAGGGAAGCCAUUGAGAGGCUAAAGCAGAAAGUCUAUUCCUGUUUGCUUGUACAUGUAGAGUCUGCUGCAUCAGCUUUAGAGGGCAGAUUUGACCGUUGUUAAUCAUGAACAACAAAUUCAAACUUUGUAAAUAUUAUGACACAGGAAAUUAUACAUUUAGAUUGACUUUAA